AUACAUAGCCCUGAAGCAGGGAAACUCCCUCUUCGGUCUUUUUCAUAAGGCGGCGGACAGACAAAAGAGUGCUCCCAGCAGGCUUUCAGCUCAGCCAAAGCUCGCUCAGCCGUGAUUUCAUUUCCAGCAGGAUGAAGAAUUUAGAUUAGUUCAGUUUGCAGUUCAUCAUAUACAGUGAGCUGUGCCAUCGAUGGGGUUAGCAAAGAGAGGGAGGCACGAUUGUAUUUUUGUGGCUAUUAAAAUCUGGAGAGGAAUUUUAGUGGGCAGAGAAAGCUACAGUCUGACAACCCUUAAAAGAGGACGAGGACACCAUCUGAAGGACGAUAAAUAUAAUGCAGUCCAAGGCAACCAUGCAGGGUGGAGGACACCAACGGAGCAACUUUGUCUUGUUUAUAUUGGCUUUACUGGUCACAUUGGAGGUCUGCAGGGUCCAGGGCUGUCGGGUCGGCUCAGGCUCAGAGUGUGAGAAAACCCCGUUCGUCCCGGGCCACAACCUGGCAGGGGAGGGUUUUGAUGUGGUGCGGAUGCGUCGAACAGGCGCAUACGUCAUCAAUGUCAAAGGUCAUCUGGUUGACAACCACACCUGUACACUGUGUCCAAAUCGCUUCCAACAAGGCCAGAUUCAGAGGCUGCCAGCAGCAGUGCUCGACUGGCGUCCCUUCAGUCGCUGCAGUAAGCAGCUUUCUAGUGCUCUCCACCACUCAGUGGACUCCCUGCUGCGCAGCUCCAACUCACUGGUUAACAACAACUGGGGCCUGGGUUUGAGUUUGGAAAACAUUGGCAAGGCAGUGCUGGGAGGAAGCCGCUCAGACUUGGCAAAGUUUGCUCGUUCGCAGCACAGUGUGGACAAGGCCACUUUCGCCAUCCACGAAAUCAGCUGCACCUACUACAGCUACAGGCUGGCUGAUCAUCCCCAGCUGAGUGCAGAGUUCACAAAGCAUCUGAAGAGACUCCCACAGAGAUUAAAUACAAGCCAGGACAGAGCCCUGUAUAGACGGCUGAUAGACACCUAUGGAACACACUACAUACACCAGGUCCAGCUUGGUGGUAAGGUGAGGCGAAUCACCGCCUUCAGGACCUGCCUGGCCACACUGAAGGGCUUCUCCGAGACUGAGGUCAAAAACUGCCUGAAUGCUGAACUCCGAAUGGCUCUUGGUUUCCUCCCUGCCAAUGCAUCCUUCUCCAACAAGUGUGACAACCUCCUGAAAGGCAACAUGAGCAUGGGCUUCUACCAAGGCUUCAUGACCCAUAAGAUUGAGGUUAUCGGAGGGGAGAAGUACUUCCCUGACAUCCUCUACCAGCAGGACCCAUCUGAAGCUUACCACAGCUGGAUGAACAGCCUCCACGACAAUCCUGAUGUGGUUUCUUACGCCAUCUUCCCUCUGCAUCAUUUAGUGGAGGACUCCGAGAUCAGUGAUAAUCUCAAAAGCACUGUCACAGAGUAUAUUAAAGAGAACCAGCUGAAAGAAGACCAGCUUGGACUCAAGAACUGCUCCCCGACUCCCAACCUGGACCAUAACUGCUGUCCUCUACGUGCUGGCAGAGGAACUCUCAGACUGGAGAUGCACCGAGCUGCAGGUUUGAGGGCGGAUACCUUCACGAAGACGGACGCCUUCGUGAAGAUCUUCUACAACGGCAUAUACGAGGAGACUGAGACGGUGAUGGACAACAACGACCCAGUGUGGAAUGCAACUUAUGACUUUGGAUCAGUGGAACUGGGUCAAGAGUUGAGGUUUGAAGUCUGGGAUAGAGAUGUACUUUACAAUGACGUAGCGGGCAGAUGUGUUGUCUUUCCUGAGCGAGGAACUCACUCUCUAAGCUGUCAGCUGAGCAAAGGAGUUCUCUAUUUCACCUACACCAUCAAAUGCGACGCUCAUUUGACAGGCUUCAGGUGUGGACGAUACUCCCCCAAUGCUGAGUAGAUUUGUUACGUGUUAAUCUAGAUUUUAGUGUUGUCUUGACACAUGACGUUAAACUUUCAAGUAUCAAAUUUUUUUUAUUGUCUCAUUUCCCUUGCAUUUUAACUGCAGACAUUUGUCAGCAUUUUUGAUGCCAAACAAACUUCCACUUCCCUCACAUAGAUUUCAUUAUGUACAUUUCUAUAAGAGUCCAUCCAAGGAAAAAACAUAGCUGUCAGCCCUUUUCUAUGUAAAUGUCAUGUAAUGUUGCAGUAUAAACUAACAAAAGUCAAAGCCCUUGUGAAUCCAAAAUAAAGUGGUUUUGAUUUA